ACAGUAAAUCAGGACACUAUAAAAAGAGCAUGAAGAGCUGUGGAGAUGACAGAGCAAGAGCUGGACACGAACAUCAGUGAAGAAUGAAGGGUUUGUUAUGUACACUGCUGCUUUUGGAAACCUUUGUGUUCGCUGUACAGCAGAAGGUAGAUGGAGGACUCGACAAUAAUGAGAUCAGUCAACAGCUCUGGGGACAGAAGAGACACUCUGAGAGAUGAAGCUUCAACUGACAGCCAACAAUACUGCCAUUUGUGCUUCUCUGACAUCCACGCAGCACUGAGAGAACUGACCGCCACCGUUACAGAGCAGAAAGCCAACAUCAGAGCCUUAGAGACGCAACUGAGGGAACAACAAACCUUCUUCCUGGAAGAGCUGAACAAGAAAAGUGAUGAAAUUUCAAAUCUUACUCAGAGUCAAGUGGAGGAGUUGAGAAAGGAAAACAGAGACAGAGAGAUAGCGUUUUCAGCUUCACUGAUGCAGUCUAACAGUGGAUAUGUUGGUCCUUUUACCACUGAAAUCACAUUAAUCUACAGGAACGUCUUCACAAACAUAGGAAACGCCUACAACCCAAUUACAGGUGUUUUCACAGCACCACUGAGAGGAGCGUACAGGUUCACAGUCUCUGUCUUUGGUCAUGGUAAUCCUUCAAAUGCAGCAUAUGUUUCCAUUAUGAAGAAUGAAGGGAAGGUGGUUAUGGCAUAUGCUCGCCAGGAUCAACGCGAAUUAAACUCCUCAAAUGGUUUUGUGUUGAUCCUGGAGGUUGGAGAUGUCGUCUAUGUGAGACUUUGGUCUGGCAGCAGGUUAUAUGAUAAUGGCAAUAAUCACAAUACUUUCAGUGGUUACCUACUGUUUCCCUUAAGAGAACAGGAGCUUUGCAGAAUGUGAUUCCAGGAAAUCUAAACCUUUAGCGUAUGAUUUAAGAUGAAAAUCAUGAAGAAUCGUUAACUUAUAAACCUAUACUAAUGUAUGUUUGAAAUUUGCAAUAGAUUAUUCUUUAAAUGUCAGUAUAAUAGACUAUGAUCCUUACAUGUUAUAUUAUAGCAUAGCCAAACCACUAGGGGGAGUUCUGCUCAUUGUGUUGUUUCUCUCUCUUUCAUGUGUUAAAAUGGCAAUAACAAAAAAUGUGUUAAUAAUUAACAUCCUUUUUGAGAGUGUUGGGGAGCGGGGGGGUGGGGAUUAUUGUGGAGUUAUUGGGAGUGGGGUUUUUGUUUUAUUCUUUGAUUUAGCUCUGCUCAAGUCCUGCUCCCUGGUUCAGUGUUUAUUUUUCCCUUUCUUGUCCUUCUUUUAAUUCUUCCCCCCCAAUUGAUUGUUUUCGAUUUUAUAUUUGCUAUUUGUAUUAAACGCACGAUUUUGUAUUGAAAUCCUCCUCUUUAUUUGGAUCGGUAUCUGGCAACCUCUACCAGGGUUAAUUUACAUUAUGUUAAAUAAUGUAAAUAAACCCCCAGGCUACUAUAUGAUGAUUAAAUUAUCAUGGUGGCUCAAAUUUUCGAUUUUCUGUAAAACAUCAACAUCUAAACCUCUGUUAAUUCUCAAUAAGAAGUUUUGUAUGAAAGUAAUAAAGUCUUUCUGGUUGGUAAUAAGUGAAGAUGCUGAGAUCUAGACAGAUCUGUUGAGCCGGCUUCACACUACAGCAUGUUUGAAAUCCUAAGGCUGGCUUCACACCACAGGAUUUUUAAAAUCCUAACCGAUUAUGAAAUCUGGUUGCAGCGCACACAUAAGGAGAAUCUUCGCAGAUUGUCUUCCCUCACAUCUUAAACAUGCACACACUACAAGAUUUGAAAAUUGUGGUGCAUCACACACUACAAGAUAUUAUUAAGAUUAUCAAGACGGAGGGAUCACCUCACGUGAUCUUACGCAACAGAUCUUCAUUU